CUGCUAUAAAAACUCUGCUGCUCACAACUGCACAGUUGCUUCCCCGCUGUCACUGACAAAUCAGGCACUAACUUUGGAUUUUUAAGAUUCCAUCAUGUGCAAAGGUCUUGCGACACUCCCUGCGACAUGCUUGAAAAGUGCAAAGGACAUCAAGCACAAAAUAAGCUUCUUACUGCAGAAGCCUGAACCUCAAGCAGUCGACCAGAGGGAGAUAAAGGAGAGAAGUGCCACCGCUGCGGCAAAGAGGCUGCCGGAUACAACGGAUGUGGAGAAAUGGAAGGAGUCAUUCAGCCAUGUGAUGAGCAAUGAAAUUGGUCGUAGAGUCUUCACCACCUUCCUGAAGUCAGAGUUCAGUCAGGAAAACGUGGACUUCUGGAUUGCCUGUGAGGCUUAUAAGAAUACUCCACCAUCCAAGAUGGCAGCCAAAGCCAAGGAGAUCUACCAACAAUACGUCGAGGCAGAUGCUCCAAACGAGGUGAACUUGGAUGCAGCGACCAGAGACAAAACAAGGCAGGAAGUGGAGGACGGCAGCUCGUCUUGUUUCGACGAGGCUCAGAAGAUGAUUUACACUCUGAUGGAGAAAGACUCAUACAGGCGGUUCCUGAAAUCCAAAGUGAUUCAGGAUCUGUGUCAGAAACAGACCAACUGCGCUCCAGAGAAGAAGGGCUGCAACUGGGCCGACAACAGGCAGGUGCUGGCUGGAGGAGCCUAAACAGGAAGAACGGCGGCAAGAUUGAAAUCAGGAGCCAAAGAUUGAAAAAGUAAAUGAGAACUACUGAAGGAAGGACAAAAGGUUAGAGAAGAUGUUGGGUUUGAUGGUGACUUAUUUUGGAUGAGCUUGUCCCCUCUUCUACUUGCUGUUAUUUACUGUUAAGUCAUAAAAAUGUCAUUUUUUUUCCCCAUUUCAUCCACGUUCAACUGUCUUGUAGUUUUAAAACUGAAAAAGACUGAAGAGGACAGAAUGAAUGUUUCAUAUCUCGAUGCAUUUCAUAAAUAUUAGUGCUGUGAAAAGAUACGCUUCCAAUGUCCUGCCAAACACAACCCACUCCCCAAGUGGAGGUCAGUUUGCAGCGACGCUAAAAACCAUCGAAAGCUACCUCCAGCCAACUCGCUUAGGAGCAUUUUACUUUAAAAUGAUUCAGUCAUCUGUAAGAAGAGGAAAGGAAAGUGAAAGUUUUAUUUGUUUGACGACAAAGUGAAUGUUGACAUUUGGUCCAUAUUUUCAACCGUCCUCCCAAAAGUUCAAAUUUUACUUUCCAGUCAGUUUGGAAAACGAACUAAAAAAAACUAAUCUAGAAAUAGGAGCAUAACAAGAAAGACAGUGAUAUAAACUUACACCAACACUGAAAUAAUACACUUUAUAUGCAUUGCUUAUUUAAAAUGGCAACUUCAAAUUGUUUUACAGGGACAAUGUUAAAAUAAAAAAUACUAUAGAGGACAUGCUUUCAAUUAAAAGCAAACAAGACAUGAAAAACAGGCAAACACAUUAUCCACCACUACUUAAAAUAAUAUCCUUAUGAUGCAUAAAUCUGCUCAAUAUAUAUUUUUCUGCCACUCACUUAAAACUAAACUGUUGCGCAUACAG